GCACCCCGGCGCGGCCCGGCUCCCCCGGCGGAGGCGGCGGCGGGCGCGCGGCGCGCUCUGAGGCCCGGGGGAUGCGCCGCCGCCUCGGCCAUGGGCGCCGUCGCCUCCAGGAGGAGGGCGCUGAGGAGCGAGGCCGUGUCCUCCGUGGCGGCCAAAGUGCGAGCAGCCCGAGCGUUUGGAGAGUACCUGUCCCAGAGUCACCCUGAAAAUCACAACGGCGCAGACCACCUGCUGGCCGACGCCUACUCCGGCCACGACGAGUCCCCCGAGAUGCAGCCAGCGCCCCAGAACAAGCGCCGACUCUCCCUUGUCUCCAAUGGCCGCUACGAGGGGGGCCUUUCUGAGGAGGCCACCGGCCAGAAACCAGCCUGUGAGGGGCCUCAGCCCCGCGUGUACACCAUCUCCGGGGAGCCGGCCCUGCUGCCUGGCCCCGAGGCGGCUGAGGCCAUCGAGCUGGCCGUGGUGAAAGGACAGCAGCAGCACGAGCGGCCCCACCACCACCACAGCCAGCCCCUGCGCGGCAGCCCCAAGGACCUCAGCAGGCCCUGCCAGAGCUGGGCGGGCAGCCGCCAGGGCUCCCGGGAGUGUCCCGGCUGCGCCCAGCUGGCCUCUGGCCCUGGCCCCUCCCCACGGGCCUUGGGGCUGGACCAGCCGCCCCUGCCCCAGGCUGCCGGCCGCCGCAAGAAGCUGGAGAGGAUGCACAGCGUGGACCGCAUGUCUGAUGACGUCCCCAUCCGCACCUGGUUCCCCAAAGAAAGCCUCUUCAGCUUCCACACGGCAACGACCACAAUGCAAGCCAUCUCGGUGUUCAGGGGCUACGCGGAGCGGAAGCGUCGGAAGCGAGAGAAUCAUUCUGCGUCCGUAAUCCAGAGGAACUUCCGCAAACACCUGCGCAUGGUCGGCAGCCGGCGGGUGAAGGCCCAGACGUUCGCCGAGAGGCGCGAGCGGAGCUUCAGCCGGUCCUGGAGCGACCCCACCCCCAUGAAGGCCGACACUUCCCACGACUCCCGAGACAGUAACGACCUGCAGAGCUCCUGCUGCACCCUGGACGACGACUUCGAGGACCUGGACUGGGAGGCGGAGAAGAGCCUGGAAGCCGUGGCCUGUGGCUCGGAGGGGUUCCUGCCGCCCAAGGUCAUGCUCAUCUCCUCCAAGGUGCCCAAGGCCGAGUACCUCCCCACCAUCAUCCGCAGGGACGACCCGUCCAUCAUCCCCAUUCUCUACGACCACGAGCACGCGACCUUCGAGGACAUCCUGGAGGAGAUCGAGAAGAAGCUGAACGUCUACCACAAGGGAGCCAAGAUCUGGAAGAUGCUGAUCUUCUGCCAGGGAGGCCCCGGGCACCUCUACUUGCUCAAGAACAAAGUGGCCACUUUUGCCAAAGUUGAGAAGGAGGAAGACAUGAUCCACUUCUGGAAGCGCCUGAGCCGCCUGAUGAGCAAGGUGAACCCAGAGCCGAAUGUCAUCCACAUCAUGGGGUGUUACAUCCUGGGGAACCCUAACGGGGAGAAGCUCUUCAAGAACCUCAGGACCCUCAUGACUCCGUACAGGGUCACCUUUGAGUCCCCUCUGGAGCUGUCUGCCCAAGGGAAGCAGAUGAUCGAGACCUACUUUGACUUCCGGCUGUACCGCCUGUGGAAGAGCCGGCAGCACUCGAAGCUGCUGGACUUCGAGGACGUCUUAUGAGGCCAUGGCCCCCUCCCCACCAGGCUCCCCACCGGGCCUGGGCCUGGGGCUGGGCCAGUGGCUCCGCGCAGGUCACUUCAGGGCACCUCCUGCUCGCUCAGGUUCUCCCAGGGCCUCCUGCACCAACGGGGCCCAGAGGCCGCUCACCUGGCGGCCAGCUCCCACCAGGGCAGGCACGGCACCAGGGCAGAGCCGCAGACACUCCUGCUCCUCGGGACUCGUAGAAAUAAGUGCAAUUUCUUACACCCCUGAACCAACUGAAGAGAAGCGGUGUCGCUAGUUAACUAGUUAAGUGCCCUGUUGUUAGUUGCAGUGGAGGUGGCCCCACCGUACCUGAUCACCAGCACCAGGUGAGCCUGCCCAGCCCGGGCCCCUGUGCAGCCGCGAGUCUGAUCGUCUGUGCGUGACCCCUCUUGCCAGCCUCCUUCUGCUUACUCUGACCUCAGCCAGGCCGCCACCCCACAGGGUCACCUGGGCGGCAGCAGGGGCAGCUUACCCUCCCUUCCCCUCUGGGAGGCAUCAGGUGGAGCCGGCCUGUCCAUAUACCUUUGAGCCUUUUCCACUGGCCGCUGGGGGAUUCAGCUUUCACCGCCGGCAUCCUGGAGGCCCAUCCCAGCCCAGGGAGGCUCAAGGGCAGGGGCCGGGGCUGGGCCCCGGUGGGUGAGGGCUGGUCUCCCGGUGCCGGCAGCCCAGAGCCACGCCAGGCCCCGUUGUACAUAGCUCGGGCUCGGGGGCAGGCCCCCCAUACCAGAGCCUGGGGUCUGUGGGUACCCACAGCUGCUCCUUGGCUGAGGGAGGGGCUGGGCUCGGGCACUGGAUGCUGUAUGAUCCCUCUUAGAGUGACCAUUAAACCCACCCUCGGCUGCG